CGAAAACAUAAGCCUUUUUUAUUCCGGCGUCUCGCUUCUUUUCCGUUUUGCUAUUGCCUUUACAGAGGUUAUGGGUUUUCUCUUAGGAAAGGCGAAGCUUGAGCAACGGACAAGUCUACUUCUUAUGUGUGGGUCGCGAAGAGGUGUAGCGAGAUUCGUGGGUUUUAUCAAUUUCUGAGUUUUGUCUACAUUGCUGCUUGCUCCGGUGGUGUUAUUUUUUGGGGAAAUUUAAAGAAACAUGGAACUCAACAAGGAAGACAAUGUUUCAUUGCCACCACCAAUGGCUCCAAUACCAAUGGCUCCACCUCCAGCUACCCGUCCACCAACUUUUAGGCCACAAAAUGGUGGAGAAAAAUCGAGUGAAUCGGAUUCGGAAUCAGAGGAUGAACAUUAUGAGAUAUCUGAAGAGAGUAGGCAGGUCAGAGAAAGACGAGAAAAGGCACUGAAAGACAUGCAGAUAAAACGUCGUGCUGCUGCUCUCGCAGUUCCAACGAAUGACAAAGCUGUGAGGGAUCGCCUUAGACGACUUGGUCAGCCCAUUACUCUGUUUGGAGAACAGGAAAUGGAGAGAAGAGCUAGGUUGGCUCAGCAUAUGGCUAGGCUUGAUAUCGAUGGCCAAUUGGAUAAACUGCUUAGAGCUCACGAAGAAGAUAUCGCUCCUCCAAAAGAGGAAGUGGAUGAUGAAAUACUUGAAUACCCGUUUUUCACUGAGGGUCCAAAGGAACUAAGAGAGGCUAGAAUUGAAAUUUCCAAAUUUUCUAUCAAGAGAGCUGCUGUCAGAAUUCAGCGUGCAAAGCGUCGAAGGGAUGAUCCAGAUGAAGAUAUGGAUGCAGAGACUAAGUGGGCUUUGAAGCAUGCUAAAGGCAUGGUCCUUGAUUGCAGUAAUUUUGGGGAUGAUCGUCCUCUUACCGGCUGCUCCUUCUCACGCGAUGGGAAAAUACUUGCCACAUGUUCUCUGAGUGGAGUUACUAAAUUGUGGGAGAUGCCUCAAGUUACAAACAAGAUUUCUGUCUUGAAGGAUCACAAAGAACGUGCAACUGAUGUAGUGUUCUCCCCUGUGGAUGAUUGUCUAGCAACUGCUUCUGCUGAUCGAACUGCAAAGUUGUGGAAAACUGAUGGAACACUCGUACAAACUUUUGAAGGUCAUCUGGAUCGUCUUGCACGCGUUGCCUUCCACCCAUCAGGGAAGUACCUCGGAACAACAAGCUUUGACAAAACAUGGAGACUGUGGGAUGUAAACACUGGAGCAGAGCUGCUUUUGCAAGAAGGUCAUAGUCGUAGUGUCUAUGGAAUUGCAUUUCAACAAGAUGGAGCAUUAGCAGCUUCUUCUGGGCUUGAUUCACUCGCACGGGUUUGGGAUCUCCGCACUGGUAGGAGUAUUCUCGUCUUCCAAGGACACAUUAAACCGGUUCUCUCAGUGAAUUUCUCUCCUAAUGGUUAUCACUUGGCAUCUGGUGGUGAGGAUAAUCAAUGCCGUAUUUGGGAUCUAAGAAUGAGAAAGUCAUUGUACAUUAUACCAGCUCAUGCUAACCUUGUGUCUCAAGUCAAGUAUGAACCACAAGAAGGAUACUUCCUAGCCACUGCCUCAUACGACAUGAAAGUCAAUAUAUGGUCAGGCAGAGAUUUCUCGCUUGUUAAAAGCUUAGCAGGGCACGAGUCAAAAGUCGCCUCUCUAGAUAUCGCUGCAGAUACCUCCUGUAUUGCUACUGUUUCACAUGACCGCACCAUCAAGCUUUGGACGAGCAGUAGCAACGAAGAAGACCAAAGCGGAGAUAUGGACAUAGAUCUCUAGUAUAGCAUAACAAAAGACAUAAAUUUUUUGCAAGUUGAGUUAUUGCAAGAUGUUAUGUAUUAUGAACCUAUGUUAACCAAACAUGAUUUUGUUUUAACAUUUUUUAGAUAUUUAGUGUUAUUUGUCAUGA